AUGGCCACCAUGGAAAAACUAAUGAAGGCCUUUGAGUCGCUUAAGUCAUUCCAACAGCAGCAGGGACCACCGACCGCCGAGGAGCUUGUCCAGAAACAGAAAAAGGAUCAGGCCACGACGAAAAAGGACAGAGUCACACACUGCUUGACAAUAUGUGAAAACAUAGUGGCACAGUCUCUCAGAACAUCCCCAGAGUUCCAGAAAUUGCUGGGAAUUGCCAUGGAAAUGUUUCUUCUCUGCAGUGAUGACAGUGAAUCGGAUGUCCGCAUGGUUGCCGAUGAGUGCCUGAACAAAAUAAUCAAAGCACUGAUGGACUCUAAUCUGCCCCGACUGCAGCUGGAGCUAUAUAAAGAAAUUAAAAAGAAUGGUGCCUCUCGGAGUUUAAGAGCAGCUUUGUGGAGGUUUGCUGAGCUCGCUCACCUCAUCAGACCUCAGAAAUGCAGACCGUAUUUGGUCAACCUUUUGCCGUGCCUCACCAGAAUCACCAAGCGGCAGGAGGAGGCUGUGCAGGAAACACUGGCUUCGGCCAUGCCGAAAAUAAUGGCAGCCUUGGGACACUUUGCCAAUGAUGGCGAGAUCAAGGUCCUGUUGAAGUCAUUUGUAGCCAACCUGAAGUCCAACUCACCCACCAUUAGAAGGACAGCUGCCAGCUCUGCUGUUAGUGUGUGCCAACACUCAAGGCGUACCAGUUACUUUUACACAUGGCUCCUUAAUGUGCUGCUAGGUCUCUUGGUUCCGGUUGAUGAGGAUCAUCUUAGCCAUCUCAUCCUCGGGGUGCUUUUGACCCUGCGCUACCUGAUGCCUCUGCUGCAGCAGCAAGUCAACACCACAAGCCUCAAAGGAAGCUUUGGAGUCAUGAAGAAAGAGGCGGAUGUGCAGCCAACACCUGAGCAGCUGCUACAGGUUUACGAGCUGACUUUACACUACACACAGCACUGGGACCACAAUGUAGUGACUGCAUCCCUGGAGCUCCUGCAACAAAUGUUCAGGACUCCACCACCAGACCUUUUGCACAUGCUCAUAACUGUGGGCUCCAUUCCACAUGCUACCGUGUUUCGUCAAGAUUCUGAAAGUCGUGCGCGCUCCGGCAGUAUCCUGGAGUUGAUUGCAGGAGGAGGGUCUUCCUGCAGUCCACUCCUUCUUAGGAAACAGAGAGGAAAAAUGUUGUCAGGGGAGGAAGAUGGUUUGGAAGAUGAUCCUGAAAAGACUGAGGUCACCACCACAGGGGCUUUCGCUGCAUCUGUUGUUGGAGCUGAUGGCUCCUCAGAAGCACAGGUGGACAUCAUCACUGAACAGCCACGCUCCUCCCAACAUACUUUGCAGCCUGGUGACUCUGUGGACUUGAGUGCCUCCUCUGAACAAGGUGAGGGUGGAGGAGGGACAUCUGCCUCAAAUACUCCAGAGACACCCACGGAAAAUGAGGAGGGAAUGCUGAGUCGCAGCUCAAGCGGUGGGGCAAACGUUACACCAGAGACUGCGGACUACACAACACCAGAGAAUGCCACCCCAGAUGGGGGGCCCUUUAAUGAAGGCGGGUCGCUCCUGAGCACUAAUGAUGGCUCGCCUCCACCCAGUGACUCGUCCCAGACGACCACCGAAGGGCCGGAUUCAGCUGUCACCCCUUCAGAUGUUGCAGAGUUGGUUCUAGAUGGCAGUGAGAGUCAAUACUCUGGCAUGCAGAUUGGAACACUACAGGAUGAGGAAGAUGAAGGAACAGCACCUUCAUCCCAAGAUGAACCAUCUUUCCUACCAUCGGCACUGGCUCUGAGCAAACCGCAUCUCUUCGAUGUGAAAGGUCACAAUCGGCAGAGUUCUGACAGCAGCAUUGACCGGUUCAUACCAAAGGAGGAACCCACUGAAAUUGAACCCAAUUGCAAGCCAUCCAGUAUAAAUGGUCCAAUCGGACAUUAUACAGACCAGGGGGCAGAGCCACUGGUGCAUUGUGUCAGGCUUCUUGCUGCGUCAUUCCUGUUGACAGGACGAAAGAACGGUUUGAUCCCAGACAAGGAGGUACGAGUUAGUGUAAAGGCCCUGGCGGUCAGUUGUAUAGGUGCUGCUGGUGCACUGCUACCUGAAGCCUUUUUUAAUUCCCUCUACUUGGAGCCGCUGGACGGCAUCCCAGCUGAAGAGCAGCAGUAUGUCAGUGACAUGCUUGACUUAAUUAGCCAUGGAGACCCACAGAUUAGAGGUGCCACAGCCAUCCUCUGUGCAACCAUUAUUCAAGCUGCACUCACAAAAACACGUUACAACAUACACACUUGGCUGGCCAGUGUGCAGGGCAGAACAGGAAACCCUUUGUCCCUGGUUGACUUGGUGCCUUUACUGAGAAAAACUCUAAAAGAUGAAUCUUCAGUAACCUGCAAAAUGGCUUGCGUUGCUGUCAGGCACUGCAUCGUAACCAUGUGCGGUAGUACCCUUAGUGAGCUAGGCCUGCAGUUGGUAAUCGACCUUCUGGCCCUGACAGACUCCUCCUACUGGCUUGUCCGCACAGAAUUGUUGGAAACCCUCGCUGAGAUGGAUUUUCGGUUAGUGAAUUUUCUAGAAAGAAAGACUGAGACUUUGCACAAGGGCGACCAUCACUACAUUGGGCGUCUUCGGCUGCAGGACCGGGUUUUAAAUAAUGUUGUAAUACGUCUGUUGGGGGAUGAUGACCCCAGAGUCCGUCAUGUAGCAGCUUCUGCAGUCAGCAGACUCGUAUCUAGAUUGUUUUACGACUGUGACCAGGGCCAAACAGACCCUGUUGUCGCAGUUGCCCGAGACCAGAGUUCAGUUUACCUGCAGCUGUUGAUGCAUGAGGCACAACCCCCCUCUCAAUUCACAGUCAGCACUAUCACAAGGACUUAUCGGGGUUUUAACCUAUCCAACACGGUGCCUGACGUCACAUUGGAAAACAACUUGUCUCGUGUUGUCGCCGCCAUCUCCCAUGCUUUCACCUCAUCAACCUCGAGGGCCCUGACAUUUGGCUGCUGUGAGGCACUAUGUCUUCUGGCUUCAAAUUUUCCAGUGUGCACAUGGAGCACUGGCUGGCACUGUGGCUAUUCAAACACUUCUGCACCUGACGUGGACCGAAGGAACCUAACAGUGGGAAUGGCCAACAUGGUGCUUUCUUUGCUGUCAUCUGCUUGGUUUCCACUAGACCUCUCCGCACACCAGGAUGCCUUGUUGCUAGCUGGUAACCUGUUGGCUGCGGUGGCUCCUAAAUGCAUGCGCAACCCCUGGGCUGAAGAGGAAGACGGUGGCAGUGCCAGCUCUUAUCCAAGUGGAGGCCCAAAUAAGAUGGACGAACCCUGGGUAGCAUUGUCGGAGCGCUCCCUGGUGACAAUGGUGGACCAGCUUUUUUCCCACCUUCUGAAGGUUCUCAACAUCUGUGCCCAUGUUCUGGAUGACACUCCCCCGGGACCAGCAGUUAAGGCCACACUGCCCUCCCUGACCAACACACCCUCGCUCAGUCCCAUCCGCAGAAAGGGCAAAGAGAAGGAAGUUACUGAUCCCAAUGCUGUGCCUUUGAGCCCAAAGAAAAGCAAUGAGAAUCCAGGUAGAGCCUCUGACAGUACAAGUGGAACAGCAGUUAGCAAGUCUAACACUCUCGGCAGUUUCUACCAUUUGCCACCCUACCUCAAGCUUUAUGAUGUCCUUAAAGCAACUCAUGCCAACUACAAGGUGACGUUGGACCUUCACACUAGCCAUGAGAAGUUUGGUGGUUUCCUUCGUGCUGCCUUGGAUGUUCUGUCUCAACUGCUUGAGCUGGCCACACUUCAUGACAUCAGCAAGUGUGUGGAGGAAAUGUUAGGGUAUCUCAAGUCCUGCUUCUCCCGGGAACCUACCAUGGCUACAGUUUGUGUUCAGCAGUUGUUAAAAACACUGUUUGGAACCAACUUGGCAUCCCAGUAUGAGGGUGUCCUGAGUGGACCAAGCCGUGCCCAGGGCAAAGUGCUUCGUCUUGGCUCGUCCAGCUUGAGACCAGGGCUGUACCACUACUGCUUCAUGGCACCAUACACCCACUUCACGCAGGCUUUGGCAGAUGCCAGUCUCCGUAACAUGGUGCAGGCUGAGCAAGAGCAGGACACCUCUGGAUGGUUUGAUGUGAUGCAGAAAGCAUCAAACCAGCUUCGGUCUAACAUUGCGAAUGCAACACGCCACAGAAGCGACAAGAAUGCCAUCCACAACCACAUCCGUCUCUUCGAACCACUUGUGAUUAAAGCUUUGAAGCAGUACACAACUAGCACCUCUGUGGCUCUGCAGAGACAAGUGUUGGAUCUUCUUGCCCAACUUGUGCAGCUCAGAGUCAACUACUGCCUGUUGGACUCUGAUCAGGUCUUCAUAGGGUUUGUCUUGAAACAGUUUGAAUAUAUUGAAGUGGGACAGUUUCGAGAAUCAGAGGCCGUCAUACCAAACAUCUUUUUCUUCCUGGUGCUGCUUUCCUAUGAACGCUACCACUCCAAGCAGAUAAUCGGUAUUCCUAAAAUCAUCCAGCUGUGUGAUGGCAUAAUGGCCAGUGGUAGGAAAGCUGUCACACAUGCGAUCCCUGCCUUGCAGCCAAUCGUUCAUGACCUCUUUGUCCUGAGGGGCUCUAACAAGGCUGAUGCAGGCAAAGAGUUGGAUACGCAGAAGGAAGUGGUGGUCUCUAUGCUUCUCAGACUUGUUCAGUACCAUCAGGUUUUGGAGAUGUUCAUCCUAGUUUUGCAACAGUGUCACAAAGAAAAUGAAGACAAGUGGAAGAGGUUGUCAAGACAAAUUGCAGACGUUAUACUUCCUAUGAUUGCCAAGCAGCAGAUGCAUCUGGAUUCUCCUGAGGCGUUAGGUGUUUUGAACACUCUUUUUGAAAGUGUAGCGCCUUCCUCUCUUAGGCCUGUGGAUAUGCUGCUAAAGAGCAUGUUUGUCGUCCCGCAUACCAUGGCAUCAGUGACUACAGUCCAACUGUGGGUCUCUGGUAUUUUGGCGGUGCUCAGGGUACUUGUCUCUCAGUCAACUGAGGAUAUUGUGUUAUCACGAGUCCACGAGCUCUCGCUCUCCCCACAUUUACUUUGCUGCAACACAGUCCGUCGCCUCUAUCAACAGAGUCCAUCUCCAAAUUCUGUUACCCCUUUGGAUGCAAUUGCUAAUGAAGAACGUAAUGGUGAUUCAUCAAAAGUCCUACCUGAGGAAACGUUUGCCAGGUUCCUGCUUCAAAUGGUUGGAGUCCUACUGGAUGAAAUUUCUUCCAAACGGGUGAAAGUGGAUAUUACAGAACAGCAACACACUUUCUAUUGCCAGCAGCUGGGUACGCUGCUCAUGUGUUUAAUACACAUCUUCAAAAGUGGUAUGUUUCGCAGGAUCACAGCUGCUGCGAGUCUCCUCCUACAGGGUGACCAGAAUGACUCAGAGGCUGGCCUUUACUACCAUUUAGAAACCCUGAACAGCAUGGUGCAGGGCUUGAUCACCACCCACCCCUCUUUGGUGCUGCUCUGGUGCCAAGUCCUCCUCCUCAUCAACUACACAAACUACUCAUGGUGGGCUGAGGUUCACCAAACACCAAGGAGACAAAGCCGAUCAUGCACAAAAUUGCUCAGCCCUCACUCCUCAGGAGAAGGCGAUGAGGAGAAUUCUGCUUUCGCCAUGAUCAACAAAGAGAUUGUCCGCAGGGGAGCCCUCAUCCUCUUCUGUGAUUAUGUGUGUCAGAACCUCCAUGACUCAGAGCAUCUAACCUGGUUGAUAGUUAACCAUGUCAGUGACCUCAUCAGCCUUUCCCAUGAGCCACCGGUGCAGGAUUUCAUCAGUGCUGUGCACCGAAAUUCAGCUGCCAGCGGUCUCUUCAUCCAAGCUAUUCAAUCCCGUUGUGACAACCUGACCAAUCCUACCAUGUUGAAAAAGACGCUGCAAUGUUUAGAAGGUAUCCACUUGAGCCAGUCUGGUUCCCUGCUGAUGCUGUAUGUGGAUAAGCUGCUCAACACACCCUUCAGGGUUUUGGCCCGCAUGGUGGACACGCUGGCGUGUCGCAGGGUGGAGAUGUUGCUAGCUGAAACGUUGCAGAACAGUAUUGCCCAGCUGCCUGUGGAAGAACUGGACAGAAUCCAGGAAUACCUUCAGAUCAGUAACCUGGCUCAAAGGCAUCAGAGGUUCUACUCCCUGCUGGACAGGUUUCGAGCCACUGUUGCUGAAACUAGUAGCCCAGCCCCUCCAGUGACAUCACACCCCCUGGAUGGGGAUCCACCCCCUGCCCCUGAAAUGGUCAAUGCAGAUAAGGAAUGGUAUGUGACCCUAGUGAAGUCUCAGUGUUGUCUUCGUGGAGAUGUGUCUCUUUUGGAAACAACUGAACUCCUUACCAAGUUGCCUGCCCCUGAUCUUUUCAGCAUUAUUAGAUGCGAAACGUUCAACUUGAGUUUACUGUGCCCAUCCCUGAGCAUGGGUGUUCAACGGCUAACACGGGGUCAGGGGCCGCUCCUGUUAGAAACAGCAUUGCAGGUGACCUUAGAGCAACUUGCUGGGGUCACACAGUCACUUCCUGCACCACACCAGUCCUUUUUGCCAACUUCCAAGCCAAGAUCUUACUGGGCCCAACUCGCUGAUGUGUAUGAUGAGCCAUCUUUCUACCCCAGGGUGCUAGCCCUGUGUAGAGCUGUCUCUCAGUACCUUCUGUGUGUAAACCAACUACCUUCCUCAUUACGUAUUCCCUCUGACAAAGAAGACCUCAUAACUACAUUUGCCUGCACGGCCACUGAGGUUAUUGUCUGGCGUCUGCUCCACGAUCAACUACCCCUGAGCGUGGAUCUGCAGUGGGCCCUGGCUUGUUUGUGCCUGGCCCUGCAACAGACUUGCAUUUGGAAUAGACUGUCCACCACAGCGUACACGACGCACUCAUGUUCCCUCAUCUAUUGCCUACAUCUUAUUAUAAUCGCUGUGGCUGUUAGCCCUGGAGACAAGCUUCUGCUCCCAGAGAAGACGAAAAGGUUAACUAGAGAUGCUGAAGGAGAUGAAUUGGAUUCCAUUCACUCUAAAUAUGAGUGCGAAUGGCAAGCAUGUGAGAUCAUGGCUGAGCUGGUGGAAGGGCUACAGAGCAUUCUUUCCUUAGGUCACCAUCAAAAUAGUGCAAUCCCUGCUUUUCUGACACCAACCUUACGCAACAUUGUAAUCAGUAUUGCUCGAUUGCCACUGGUUAACAGCUUCACGCGAGUUCCUCCACUGGUCUGGAAACUCGGCUGGUCCCCGCAGCCUGCGGGGGAGUUUGGUACAUCAUUGCCUGAGAUCCCUGUGGAUUUUCUGCAGGAAAAAGAUGUCUUCAGAGAGUUCCUGUACCGCAUAAAUAUACUUGGAUGGAGUAGUAGGACUCAAUUUGAGGAGACCUGGGCCACAUUGCUUGGCGUGCUGGUCACACAACCAAUCACAAUGGACCAGGAGGAGGACACACAGCAAGAGGAAGAUUUAGAGCGUACCCAGUUGAAUGUGUUGGCAGUGCAGGCCAUUACCAGCCUGGUCCUGGGUGCAAUGAUGUUACCCACUGCUGGCAAUCCUGCUGUCAGCUGCCUGGAGCAACAGCCUCGUAACAAGAGCCUCAAGGCCUUGGAGACACGAUUUGGAAGGAAAUUGGCAGUCAUUCGUGGUGAGGUAGAGAGAGAAAUACAGGCUCUUGUUUCCAAGAGAGACAACAUUCACACACACCAUCCGUACCAUGCCUGGGACCCUGUGCCUUCUUUGUCCGCGGCCUCAUCAGGGAUGUUGAUAAGUCAUGAAAAGUUGCUGCUUCAGAUCAACACAGAGCGUGAGAUGGGAAACAUGGAUUAUAAAUUAGGACAGGUGUCCAUCCAUUCAGUGUGGUUAGGAAAUAACAUCACCCCAUUGCGUGAGGAAGAAUGGGGUGAGGAUGAGGAAGACGAAGCAGACACACCAGCACCCACUUCUCCACCUUUAUCACCAAUUAACUCUCGAAAACAUCGUGCAGGUGUGGACAUUCACUCAUGUUCCCAGUUUCUCCUGGAGCUCUACAGCCAGUGGCUUAUUCCAAGCUCUUCAAAUAACCGGAAGACUCCAACCAUACUUAUCAGUGAAGUGGUCCGAUCGCUGCUGGCAGUGUCAGACCUAUUCACAGAGAGAAACCAGUUUGACAUGAUGUUCUCCACCCUGAUGGAACUGCAGAAGCUUCACCCACCAGAGGAUGAGAUCCUUAAUCAGUACUUGGUGCCUGCUAUCUGCAAAGCGGCUGCUGUGUUGGGCAUGGACAAAGCGAUCGCAGAACCAGUUUGUCGCUUGUUAGAAACAACCCUGCGCAGCACACACCUGCCCAGUCGCAUGGGUGCUCUUCAUGGGGUGCUCUAUGUCCUGGAGUGUGACCUUCUAGACGAUACAGCGAAGCAGCUGAUCCCAUCCAUCUCAGAGUACCUGCUGUCCAACCUAAGGGCUAUUGCUCAUUUUGUUAACCUCCAUAACCAGCAGCAUGUCCUCGUGAUGUGUGCUGUGGCUUUCUACAUGAUGGAGAACUACCCUCUUGAUGUUGGAUCUGAGUUCAUGGCUGCAGUCAUUCAGGUGUGCGGUGUGAUGGUGUCAGCCAGCGAGGACUCCACGCCCUCGGUAAUCUAUCAUUGUGUGCUCCGGGGUCUGGAACGCCUCUUGCUCUCUGAGCAACUGUCUCGUGUGGAUGGAGAGGCACUGGUCAAGCUGAGCGUCGACAGAGUGAACAUGCCUUCACCUCACAGAGCUAUGGCCGCCCUGGGUCUCAUGCUCACCUGCAUGUAUACUGGAAAGGAGAAAGCCAGCCCCGCAGGUCGCCCCACACACUCAGAUCCUCAGGCCCCAGACAGUGAGUCGAUCAUCGUUGCCAUGGAGAGGGUCUCAGUGCUCUUUGACAGGAUCCGAAAAGGUUUGCCCAGUGAAGCCCGGGUAGUGUCUAGGAUUCUGCCACAAUUCCUAGAUGAUUUCUUUCCACCUCAAGAUGUUAUGAACAAGGUCAUUGGGGAGUUCCUCUCCAACCAGCAGCCUUAUCCACAGUUUAUGGCUACAGUCGUAUACAAGGUUUUCCAGACACUCCACGCUACAGGCCAAUCAUCGAUGGUGCGAGACUGGGUGCUGCUUUCCUUGUCAAACUUCACACAGAGAACACCGGUGGCUAUGGCUAUGUGGAGCCUCUCCUGCUUCUUUGUCUCUGCUUCCACCUCACAGUGGAUUUCAGCCUUACUUCCUCACGUCAUCAGCAGAAUGGGUUCCAGUGAAGUGGUAGAUGUCAACCUGUUCUGCUUGGUGGCCAUGGACUUCUACCGGCACCAAAUUGAUGAGGAGCUGGAUCGCAGGGCCUUCCAGUCGGUCUUUGAGACAGUGGCGACCCCUGGAAGUCCCUAUCACCAGCUGCUGGGAUCGCUGCAAGCAAUCCACCAGGAUACCUCUCUUUGA